GGUGAUGGAUGGUAGGCCCCCGUGACGGUUUGUUUGGUCUCCGAUCUCGCUGGCUUCUGCGGCCUCUUCUCCUCGUGCCUAUCAAACUGACUCUUCUCUCCGCUGUGCAUCCCUUGCACUGCUCGCUGCUCACUGCUCGCUGCUCACCGUCGGUCCUUCAUGACGCCUUCCGUGGUCCGUUUUGUCCGAUGAUGGAUCUUACUUCGGAUAUCCGUGUCUUCUGCUUCUCCGUCAAGAAGGCCAAGGCCCCUUCGGCCGCCUUGGGGGCCGUGUUCUGCUCUGUAUUCCCCCCUUUUCCUUUGACGGGGGAAUUUUUUUUUUUUUCCUUUUCAAAAUGACACGCCGUUCCACA